GUUCGGGCCGCGCAUAAAAGGCUCCGCAGCCCCUGGUGCUCGUGACGCUGAGAUCCAGAGUCCGCCCGUCUGGCUGUCCUUGCGUCCAGCCCUAGCCCACGCAGCUUUCAGUCAUGGCCUCCGGCAACGCGCACAUCGGAAAGCCCGCCCCUGACUUCCAGGCCACUGCAGUGGUGGAUGGAGCCUUCAAGGAGGUGAAGCUUUCGGACUACAGAGGGAAAUACGUGGUGCUCUUUUUCUAUCCGCUGGACUUCACCUUUGUGUGUCCCACCGAGAUCAUCGCUUUCAGCGAACAUGCUGAAGACUUCCGCAAGCUGGGCUGCGAGGUGCUGGGGGCCUCUGUGGACUCUCAGUUCACUCACCUGGCUUGGAUCAACACUCCCCGGAAGGAGGGAGGCUUGGGCCCCCUGAACAUCCCCCUGCUGGCUGACGUGAACAGAAGUUUGUCCCAUGAUUAUGGUGUGCUGAAGGAAGAUGAGGGCAUCGCUUACAGAGGUCUCUUCAUCAUUGAUGGAAAGGGUGUCCUUCGUCAGAUCACAGUCAAUGACUUGCCUGUGGGGCGCUCCGUGGAUGAGGCUCUGCGGCUGGUCCAGGCCUUCCAGUACACGGAUGAGCAUGGGGAAGUAUGUCCCGCUGGCUGGAAGCCGGGCAGCGACACCAUCAAGCCCAACGUGGAUGACAGCAAGGAAUACUUCUCUAAACACAACUAGACUAGCAGGCAGGGAAUAAGUUUGGGCCCUCUUUCCCCACCUGUUCCCCUGCAUGGGUGCCCCAUGCUGACCCAGGAAAGGCCAGACCUGUCCCCUUGAAACUCCCCAAUCUGGGAUCCUGGAGGGUGGGGCUAAGGCCCUCUCAUGCCCCCACCUGGAAGCUGAUGGAUGGUGACCCUCCCUCCCCAGAGCCCACCCAUCGGGGCACAGACCUAAGGAGACCAAUAAAUUAUUAGGACAGGUGCAAAUCUGUGUCGGUGUCAUCUGUCCUGGCAGUGCCCCCAACUCCCAUGUGCUUUCUCCAGCCUCCGGCCUGGGAAACUGACCCUGAAGUUACUUAUCUCUACCACAAGAUGGCAACCUUACCUCAUGCUCACUGCUAACUCUUCUCCCUCCUUUUCCUCGGUCUGAGGGCAGUUCUGGAGUGGUGGGGAGGAGAAGAUGCUGUUUGCCCCUGGCAAGGAGCAGUCUCAGGAUGUUCUACAUCUUGAAACUUGGCCUUCCAAGGCAGAACCCAUAAUUUGCUAUCAUCCAGUCUGAGUUCAAAUGCCCUUUAAUAGCUGUGAUCUUCCCUGGGUGA